ACAGAGCGAGCUAAACAACACUAGAUAACGUUCAUCUUUGACAUUCUCUCUGUUAUAUUCACCUUAUUAAACCCGAGAGCAUCAACAAGUUACCAAUAACUACCAUCAAAGUUACCAGUAUUGUGUAAAACUCUUUGAUUUCAAACCUAAUUAUCAAUUAUACGGUUAGAAAUCGGAUCCAAGGCUAUAUUUCAUCACGAUGGACGCAACAAUGGAAAACAAGAUGGGGCUCCCGCCACCGUAUGAGCCGACUGCCCCGAGCCCGGCGCCACCGCCGUCUUAUUUUGGCGACAACCCGCCCCCGCCGGCAGGGCUGGCAGUGCCAGCGGUCCCGCCGCGCACCACCGUCAUCACGUCGCCCGCGGCGCCCGCGGCACCCGCUGGCCAGCCCAUUAAGCUAGGCCCCGGCCGCACCGGUGCUUCCUGCCCGUCUUGCCAUAAGUCCAUUGUGACUCGUGUACAAUAUGUACCCAAUACUCGUACUCAUAUAGUAUCUGCGGCGCUUUGUGUUCUAGCCGGAUGUUGCUGCGGUUGUUUCGUGCCGUACUGCAUGCGCUCCUGUAAGUCUGCCAACCACUACUGCCCCGCGUGCAAAGCCUUCAUCGGAACAUACCAGCAUUCCUGAGCUGCUGCUACUUACACCCAACAAAUACCAUAAUACCGGAAUCUUUUAAGGCCCCUGUACACAAUGGGCCAACGUGGCCCAGUCUGGGGGACGCAUUUAUGCGUUAGAGGGAGCAAGUCAUAUUGCUAUCUCAUUCUACCGCAUGGGUGCGUCCAUUGGACUAGCCGGGGCUGGCCCAUUGUGUACAGGGGCCUUUAUUACAUUCAGGAUGUUUCAAACUAAUGUGGAAUCAGAAACUUUUAUAAUAAAGAGCUAAUCAAAUCAUAUUCAGAACUAGAAAAGUAUAAUAAGUAAACGUAAAUUUAAUUCAGAAUCCGUUAAUGUACAAUUGUGCUUAUAUCAGUUUACUUUUUGAAUGCUGGAUAUGAGAUUUAGUUUUUUUAUUUAACCACUCGCUUGGCCGAUUUUAGAGAGAAUAUUAUUUGUUGAUUGCUCGUACGGCGCCCAUACUUAUUUAAGGUCACAAUUGGAUUAAAAUUGUACCAGCACAAUGUAGUCGACAGCAACGCAGCAGCAGUUAUCCUGCUGCAGUCGCAAUCCGAAUGUAAUAUUUACUGAUUAUGCAAAUGCAAUGCAAAUGUUACUCCAGUCCUCAAUUCUCAAUUGUAUUAUCUGUUCUCUACUCGCUACUCGUAUGUUAAAAACGGAAAUGAAAUGUUUUUUAUUGUGGUGUCUAUGAUAUGAUUUCUUAUUUGAAUUAAUGUCUAUAUUACCUAGGUGCAUGAAUUUUAUUGAUCUAAGUUAUUCAUAUAAUUAGUUAAGAGUUUAAGAGCACACUUUAUCGAAUAUGGCAAUGAUUCCACGUUAAAUGGUUAAAAGGUCUAAUCUAAGUAAAUACUAGCUCUCUUCGUAUAUGUUGUAGGAAACCAAGAAAUGUUUAAGAAAAAUAAAAUAUGUAUUCACGAUCAAUAUAUUUAGAUACUAAUUAAGUAAAUUAAUUAUAAUACGGUGUGUUUGACAAGAGCGUGACCGGCAUGUUUUUUAUUCAACAAUGAAUUGGCAAUACUCCUAAUCUUUCGCGUAAGAUAUAUCUUAAAAAAAUAUAUUACUUAAUUUAGCGCUAUAGCAGUUUUUCACGAUUACUGCCGGAUGGAUUGCGACAGUGUGAAGUGAAUUUCAAAUUGAUUUGAUUAAGUAAAUCUUGGUUGUGAGUUUGUUGUGUUUCGCUGAAAAAUACUUAAACCUGGGCUAAUGUAAUAAAUAAACUUCUCGAAGACAAUUACCUAGUAGCGCCAGUGGUAAAUGUUUGUUAUUGAUUUUGUAAAUCUUGUAGUAGGUACCUCUAAUAUCUCUAUACACAGACUUAUUUUUAUCGGGCACGCUCUUUUCGUGCGUGGUAUAUGUAUUAUAUUUGUUGUGAUAUAAACUUUAAAGAAAUAACAAGUCUCAAUUAUACUUAUAAAGAUAAAUAUUGUGAUAUUAUCAUUGCCAGUAAGUAUAUCCAUUUUAUCAAUAGUUUUUAUAAAAUUAAAACAAAGGAACUUAUUUUUGCGAUCUCACAUGUCGUGUUUAUUAAAUAAAUAAGAAAUAAUAAGAUUAACGCUCCGUAGCUAACGAAACUCAACUGUCACUGUCGCAUUAGUAGGGAAGAGUGAUAGAGAAAGAUGACUAUGAUACGCCACGGAGCGUUAACGAUUGGUACGUUGGCUACGCGCCCUGGGCUAUAACCGCGAAAAUCGAAGUUUGCAAAUUGCGGGCAGUUUUCUCUGUCACUCUAAUUACGCCUUCAUUGGAGUAAAAGAGAAAGAUCCCCGCAAUUUGCGAAUUUCUGUUUUCGCGGUAGCCCCUCUGAGGGCCAACCGCAAAUACCGAAAAAUUUGAAAUCAUUAUACAUAGUUUCGAUGUUGGCGGCAGGCCAUCUGAAUGGUAAGUUUGUAAUUCAAAACCGCAAACACUUCCGGACUCCAGUUUCGCCAGACUUCGAAACUGUUAGUUUCGCCAGACUUCGAAACUGUCAGUAUUUACCUGCCCUGACUAGUGGGAAAAGGGUACUACUUAAUACCUAUACACUAUACAGCAUAUCCUUCAUAUAAUUAUUUACGAUGAAAUAUUUAUGAAGAAAUACGUAGAUAUUGAAUAAAAAAUGUAUAUUUUACAAAAUUUUGGUAUUAUAUUAUUUAAUUUGCGUUUACUGAUACAUAUCUUAUACUAUUUUAUAAGCGUUUACGGAUAUUUUAUCUAAAACGCUGCAUUAGUAAGAUUGCAAUAUGGCAGUCAUCAUCCGAGUGUCACCUUUAAGCUGACCAAAAAGAUUUAAAGGCUGAUUUUAUUUACGCGCCAAUUAAAAAACCGCAGAUCAAAAAUAUACUUUCUCCAAUUAUUUAUUUUGAUGUAUCCCUUUGCCGGCACGUUUGAUAUAAUUUUUGCCACACUAGCUCGUAAUAGCACUCUUUAUUCUUAACAAAAAACUGAUGAGAAAGUUGCAUUAUAUCCACAAGAGAGGCAAAGUAAUGUAAAACAAAUUUUGAGUUAUUUUCUCAUGUUGGCUAGUGUAAUUUACUUUAAAGUGAUGAAUUAGAAUGAUACAUAUUUUA